AUGUUCUACUUCGCUGGCAUGCCACCUGUGUCUACCUCGGCCCCAACAACAUCAGGUGUAGCGGCAGGUGCACCCGAUGGCCCUGGCCCUCGUGAUGAUAUUGCUUGUCAUUUCGUGGCGCCGGGCACCAUGCCUCCGCCCCCCGCGACGAUGCAAGGCAACUUGGAGGCUGAUGUAACUCCAUUCAUGACACCAAUGCGCCAUAGCCUCAGUGAGACUACGGUGGACAGUGCCUCUAUAUCACCAACACUACUCCGGCAAAUACAGGCAGGCAGCAUGCCCAACGUGUCGUCUCCCCUUGCGGUACACUCGGUGCUUGCGCCUCCAUCAAGUGAUGGAAAGCGUCGGCGCAUGUCUGCGUCGCAAUUUGGGUCACCACCCAAUGCUAAUAUGGCAACGAUGGAUCCUAGCACAAGCUCGCCAUUCAGCAAUGCCAUGAUGUCUCAUGCGGCAUCGCCGGCAGCGGCGGCAGCAGCAGCUCAUCAAAACAAUCUGUUCUUCCAGCACGCUAUGCUUCCUUUCGGCAUGCCUGACUCACCGUCUUCGUCGCCUAGCGUAGACACGUCGAUGCAAGCGCUCUCCAUGACACCUAACAACAACUUGUCGCCUCUCACUCAUCGUACGCUCCGCGCUGCUUCGUCGAGUGCAGCUUCGCCGACAGGCGCAUUUCGUGGCGGUCCUAUGACGGCGACGGCUUCUGUUCAGGAAAGUCCGCUCAUGCGUCGUGCGAACAGUUACGGCAGUGUCGGUUCGCCGUGGGGCAGUCAUGACAACAUGUACAUGUUCGGCAUGGCGCCGGGCAUAUCGCCUGUGGCAGGGCCAGCGCCCAUGGGCCCGCCUAUAUCUGCACCUGUUCAAAUGCAGCGGAACUACAGCUCGCCACAGCCCCGUGCUAUGCGUGAACGUGGGACCCGACAAUCGUCUACCGAUGUAUGGCCGGAUGACGUCGAAGUUGCAUUCUGGGAAGCGCUGCGUUUGAUUCCAAAGCUGGGUCGACGCAAGGUACUCGUGCAUGGCAAGCCGUGUGGACGUAAUGAGCUUAUUGCUGACUAUAUUGAACGCAAAACGGGCAAGACUCGCUCUCGGAAGCAAGUGUCGAGUCAUAUCCAGGUACUGAAAAAUGUCAAGCGAAAUGACCUCGAGUUCCAGCAACUCAUUUCUGAGCCUACGCAUGAAGAAGACUAUUACACACCCGCUGGUGGCAUGAUGUAUGCACACGCGCUUUCCGAGUACAGUGUGGGUCUGUUGGGCUUUUCGCUCACAACGACAGACCCGACUGUCUCGCCCAUGGCAGCGUCAUCCGCGGCAAUGUCGCCAUCUGUGUCGAGUCCUCUGCCUCCUACUCACUCUCCAGCGCAGUCACCGGCUUCAGGCAUGAUUUCCAAAGCGCUCGAUAAUUUGCACGUGUCAAAUUCGCCUCGUCUUGAUGACAAUGGCCGCACCCUCUCGCCUCGCUAUCCAUCGGCACCGGCACCACCAUCAGCCUCGAUGUCAGCGUCGUUGGCACGGCGCAAAAAGGUUCCGCUGGUCGAUUUCGAUCCUAUGCCUGUGCUUGUCCCCACGGCCUUUUCGAUGUGGACAUCUUCGACAACUACGGACGAGCGUCAUUUGUACACGAACCUUGACACACUCAGCAUGUCACGCACGUUGCAGUCCGGUGGCGAAUUGCCUGUCUUGUCCAGCACGGAUCCUAUCGUCACGUCGUUCCGCUUUCCUCAGCUCGUCGACAUGUUCAAGCGUGUUGCCUGUCCGUUUGUGCAUGUGCAUGUGCCGAUGUCACUGCCGCGCGCCGAUGCCUCGGCUGCCCAGUACAACCGCCUCGGUGUGGCCUUGUCGAUUGCUAGCACUCGCAAUACACGGCUUUGCUCCGUGCUAUCUAUCUACUCACAUGGCAAAUGCGUCUUGUCGAUGGUAGAUCACCUCGAGCCGCCACGUCCUCUCGCACCUGCGCGAUCUGAUUCAGUCCGUUCGGUACUCCAUGAAGAUCCUUCAGAGCCAUCGAACCAGCGCUCGCCUGCGCCUAGCAAUGAUGCGCGCUUCGCAUGGGCAUAUCAAGUGCCGUUUGCCUCUGACUUCUGGGCAGACUUUCUCAGUCGGAAUCAUCCUAUGCAUAUCUAUGGCCCUGGUGGUGUGGAGCCCAUGACAUCCUACUGCAAGGAGCCCAGCGAGCGCGCAUCCGUCGGUAUGGCUGUCUCAGGUCUCGCAUUUAUCCAGGAACUCGUUGUUCCUCAAAGUGACGGCGUGUCGACGAUCACUCCACGGUCCAUCGUAUCGGUCGACAGUCCUGGCUCUCAGGUCGGUGAUAUCAUCGGCGUGGUUGCUUGGGACUUUGAGUGCGUCGAAGCACUCGGUUGUGAGCCAGGUGUCCCCAUCGUAUCCGUGAUCAGUCAUACAUCUUCUGCACUGAACCAUCCCACCACACCGCAUCGACCAUCGUCAGCGGCUUUGUCGUCAGAGAGUAGGGCUGCCACCACGACAGAAUCUGCGUUGUCCUCGAGUCCAACGAGCCAUCGCUCUAGUGAGAAAGGGCUUUUGGGGCUUGAAAUUCAUGCCUCCUCACGACCGUGCCCACAAUCAGGCCCGCAACAGCAGUCUUUGAAGCAGUCGCAGGAUCCGUCAUCGUCAUCGUCGACAUCCACGUUACCUGACAAUGCCGUUUCCUCCAGUAACACGGAUCAUCAGCAUCGGGAGACGCCUUCGUCCACGCCGCAAAAAGAGAAGACGGAUGAAGAUAGCGCCCAGAUGCAAUCAAAGCCUGAUAGCUCCUUGUUGCGAGCUAAUACGCCGCCACCACCGCCCACACUGAUUCGCACACAAGCAUCCCCCUUUACUAGUAGCAGUCCAGUGAAAGUGCACGAUGAGUCGGAGCCAAACAAGAAAGUGUCACCAACUCCAAAGCCGCCUAUGCUUUCGUCUUCGGGGGCCAUCUCGUCUCUGCAGCGUGAUGAACAUCGUUCCUGGGCACCCUCCGAAGCAGAGAAACUUGCAGCUGCUCCGCCUCCGGCACAGUCGCCAUUUUCGAAUGACUCCUCCCUCUUUACUUCGUCUUCGUACACAUCUGGACUCAAUUUGUCGAAUGUAUUUCGACAAAAGCACGUCACACCACAUGGUAUGACGACGACACUCUCUCCUGCUGCAUCUCAUGCUGAUUUAUUCAGCCCGGUUGGGCCGUCGCCGCCUCCUUCUUCAUCGUCAUCAUCUUUGCUAGCACCAAAUGUUUCUAUACCAGGCUCAGUAUCCUCGCUUCCUAUGCCUGUACGGUCGAACUCCAUGAGCAUGCUCGAGGAGCAUGAUGACGAUGUAUUUCAGCCUUUCUCGACACAGGUCUCCUCACCAUCGCUCUUGUCUGAUUCCAUUCCAUCCUAUUUGGACCCAACGGACGUGGGUGGACGUUUUGGGCUUUCAACGCAUGUCCAGUGGAAUGCGCAGCAGGACUUGAUGGACGCCUUUCUCAACAGCUCUAUGAUGGAAUCAUCUUCAGGCAUCUCGCCAUGCUAA